AUUCGUCGACUCGGAGCAAUCGCUUUUCAGAUCGGGCUCUGCCAUUCGGCAUGAUCCUUGACUGAAGGACGGUGUCCGAGUCCUCCCCGCACCACCGUGAUGUUUAGUCGUCGUUUCUUUGGCGGCUCUCCCACCUCGGAUGGAAGGCCAGACGGCAGUCCCGUACAAGCGAGCCCCUACGCCGCAGCCAGCCGCGAGGACGACAAGCGGCAGGCCACGGACGAUGACGCCGGCGAACUCCCCCCCCCUCCGCCCAAGAAGAGCAUCUUUGGGUUUGCCCUCUCCAGCAAGAAGGACGACGAGGCGGCCGGGAGCGCGUGUGUGGAGAACUGCUACCUGUAUGAGUACGAGGACAUCCGGCGGGCGACGGAGAACUGGAGCGACAAGUACAAGCUGGGGCAGGGGACGCACGGAACGGUCUAUGCCGUCACGUUGAAGAGACAGAAGCUGGCGGUCAAACGACUCCUGGUAGACGAUAGAUCAGACAGCGCACAGACACAGAGAGGGCCACGUCUAUCGUGCAUGUGCUUGAUGCAGAUCCCUGACGAGGGCGGCUUUCUGCAUGAGGUUCGUGUGUUGAACAAGCUGCGGCACGCGCACAUAGUGGUGCUGAUGGGGUGGGCGGGGAAGGGAAGCGAGAAGCUUCUCGUGUAUGAGCUGCUGCCGGGAGGAGACGUCUCACGACUGCUCAGAGCACGAAAUCGCACAUUUCCAUGGUGGGCAGAGCAGAGGACAGCAUAGCGCCAGAAGCCCCCACAUGCGUGUUUGUGUGGGUGCGUGUGCAGGUACCAUCGUAUAACGGUUGCAGUGGAGGCCGCAUGUGGUUUGAAUCACAUGCACAAUGCCAAGCCGAAGAUUUUCCACCGAGACAUCAAGUGUGCCAACAUCAUCCUGGAUCGCUUCGGCCACGCCAAGCUCGCCGACUUCGGCCUGGCGUGUCUCACCAAAGCCAAGAAGGACGAGGUUGUCGUGGCCAAAGCCGAAGGUCCGCCUGUGCCCAAUGGCAUCGCAACAUGCCAUCUGUUGACCCACGUUGCCUGUGUUGCAGGGACCCCCGGCUAUGCGUGUCCGCACUACAUCCGAACGAGGAAGGUGACGGACAAGACGGAGGUGUACGCCUUCGGGAUGGUGCUGCUGGAGCUGCUCACCGCACGGCCGCCUGCGGUUCAUGUCAACCCACAGGUGGGCUGACUUGACGUGUGGAGACAGGGGACCACGUUCAUUGCUGCAUGGCUUGCGGCAUGUGUGUAUGGGUGUGUCCAGGGCGGUUUGGACUACCUUGUGCGUCACAUCAACCCCAGUGAUCCCCACAGCCUGCUGCCCCUUGUCGAUCCAAGAGCCCACUUCCCCCCAGAGAUCAAAGUCGGCAUCGCUGAACUCGCUCUCAAGUGGGUGCCAGCUGGGAAAUGAUCAGACAAGAAAGAGGCCCAGGACUUAUCGCGAUCGGCCUGGUCUGUUCUGUUUUUCUCAGAUGCAUCAACCCGAACGAUGCGAAGCGUCCGUCGAGCAACGAGAUGUACUCAGAGCUGGAGCAGAUGAUCGAAGACUGGUGCAGGACACACCCACUCCUGGACUACGCCCUCAACCACGACCUCGCACUGCCAUUCCCAACCGGUGCGCCCCCACACACACGAACACACAAGCGCAUGUCUCUCCCAUCUCCCCUUUCCCCUUGUUCAGAGGAUCUCUCCAGCCUUGCUGAGCUGGUCCGCAGACGCACCAUCAGAAGCACAGACCAGCCGAUCCCUGUGCACCCGUCGCUGCCCAGCCCUGUGUUGGUUGCCAGCGCCGACCUGUCCCCAUCUAUGGGCCGCAAGGGGUCGAAUGUGAGCAUCGGGCCAGGUGGCCCAGGGUUCCUAGUCGCCCCCAUCGUCGCUGCAGGGGCGGGGGGUGGUGAGGGCCAGAAGGGUGGCGUCAAGGGGGGCAUGAACCGACCGCCGACAUCGGAAGAAUCAAAUGUCGAGGAAGGUAUGGAUGUGUCAGCGAAGUACCGGCCGACACAGAGACAUCAAGGGCUUGUUUGAACAUAUAUGUGUGUGCAGCGGUGAAGAGUGAUGCGCUGGAGGAACCGGAGUCGCCUGAGCAAGCGUCUCGGGACCAGACUGUGCUCGAGGCUUCGCCCAACGAGGCUCGAUCGCGCGUUGCCGAGCCGCCCCGUUUCCCCCCUUACAUGCCCCCCCAGAUGCCCUUCCCCCAUCCCCCAGUAAUCGUGGCUCGCCGCCCACCCAUAGCCCAGGGCAAGUCGGUGCGCCGCAUCAGCUCACACGGGGACGCUCUUAGGACCGACAUUCACCGCGAGAGGAGCCAGUCGUUCGCUGAGGUGCCUCCUGCUGCGCCUGCUGCUGGUGUAGCCCCACCGGUGCCUCCCCUGCAGCAGCAUCCCCCGUUCGUCGCUCCGCCCCCAUUCGGGUUCAUUGCUCCUCAGAUGCGGCCACCGCUGCCGCCCCAUCUCAACCACCCUGCCCUCUUCGCGGCCCGCGGACCUGCCGGCCCACCUCCUCCCCCCCACAUCCACCAGAGCUUCAGCCCGCCCUUCCGGCCCUCGUUCCCACCAGCACAGCAGAUGCCGCCGCACAUGUACCGAUCGGUGACGCCGGUCAAGCUUGAGGCGGCCGUCAACGCGCCCAUCUGCGCGCCGGCGGGCGACAACGCCUCCUUCUCCUUUGAGGACGACAGGCGGCGGUCGUCUUUGGGCCCAAUCUUGGCUCUGGGGUCUCUGUCUCACAUCGAUUGUGCGGUGGCGCCAUGCACCGGCAGUGAGAACGAGGGGGGCAGCGCGAGCAGUGCUAGUGCCGUUGCCAAGGAGGAGAGGGAGAGGGCAAGGGACGAGGCGCAGCAAGAGGAGGAGGCCAUUGCAGAUAGUCACGUGGUCGAGCGGGGAGGAUCAGGAUCGGCGGCGGCAAGUGAUGGCAUGGCGGAGGAGGCCUCGCUGAUAGCAAAGGAAGAGACCGUGGACGGCGGCGCGCCAAGUGAGAGCGGGAGGAUCGACACCAGUGACGAGCAGCAACCGUCAGACAAUCCAGAGGAGGAGCUGGCGGACAAAAACACUACGACGGAGGGCAAGGGAGGGAGCGGUGGUCCAGCAGCCGACAUCGGUGGGGAGGGCACUCACACUGCCACAGCGAUGGAGGAGACCGCCACCUCUGAGGAUCGGUACCACGACGCCAGUCCGGACAAGAAGGAGCUGCAGCCGACACACACUGACACAGACGACCUCGAGGCCGGCACCGGCAGCUGCCUAACCGAGAAUAAUAACAACAACAAGAAGGAGCAGGACCAGGACCAGGACCAGGAACGGGUGCCGGAGGGGGAGGGUGGAUUGGCGGAUGCAGAGAAUGCGUUCGUGUUGGAGUUUUGCGGCGAGCAUUUGGCUGAGGUGAGUGAGGAGGGGCGUCGGUAUGGCGGCGGGCGGCUGGUGGUGCGGGCAGACGGGGGCAUGGAGGGGCCGCCACCCGAGGUCCUCGGCCGACUGCACUCACACUUCAGGUGCGUGUGUGUGCCAUCUGUCUGAUCGGUUCCUGCCUGUCUCUCAAGAUUGCGUCUUCUCUUUCUGUUCUCUCAGAAUCCAUUUCGAGAAUCUGGGCUCUGACGAGAUCUACACAUGUAAACAGGAGACAGAAGAAGGACAAGGAAUGCGGUGAUUCGUCUCAUUGAUGUCUGUGAUCUGUUGCGUACGUCAGGCGUCAGUCGCCACCAUUGCCGUAUCGACUUCUUCCCUCUGCCGGCAUUGGCCGAUCGGACGGACAAGGAGGCAGUGAAGCCCGCAUUCGGAUUCCUGCUGACCAACCUGAGUAGGCAGAAAGAAUGGACGAAUGCUCUUGACAGACAUGCCAACCAUGUGUGUGUCUCCCAUCCACCCACCGUGUGCAGGCGUGAACAACUCCUACUUGAACGGGCUGAAGCUCAAGCGCAACCAGAAGGCCUGGCUGCAGCCCAACGACAUUAUCGCACUCAUCCUCUCCGACCCGCCCUUCCUCGACAACGACCCGCGCCAGCUCAACAUCAUGAUGGGCUUCACCUUCAACAUCCCGACAUCCCUUUUACCAUAUGUCCCAACUGACCCCGCCGCAUACCCCAAUGUGCCCAUCGAGCUGCCCGGCGUCGAGAAUGGCACGAAGCGCAGCAUCCAUGUGCCACCGCCGCCGCUCCGGGCGGUCCCUUUGCCUGCGCCUCCUCCUCCCCGGCCACCUGACGUUGGACAGGGGCAGAGGAGAAUGAUGGACAAGAAGCAGACAGACGAUUUGAGUGACCGUUUCCCGCUGCAGCUGUCUAAUGCGUCCAACGGCAUCGCCGGACCGCCCCCCAAGAAGCUCUCGGCCAAACGGCGCGUUAUCGGCAAGAAAGAGGAGGAGACCAACACCAACUCCAAUCCCAGCUCCAAUAGCAACACUUCCUCUGCUAUCGUGUCGAAGCCCAUAAGCGCGUUGAAGCUUCGUCUGGGACCAGGCGGCGGGAUUGGGAGUGCAGAGAGCGUUGCUGUGGGUGUGGGUGUGAGUGCUGUUGAGGAGGGCAGACGGCUGGCGUCUUCGUUCAAGGAGCGCUAUGUGCCGCGCAAGACGGGUGGGCUGCAGAAGAGCGUGACGACCGGCGAUCGGGAUCGAGACACCAAGGGCAGAGAGAUUGCCAAGGGCAACGGGAGUGGGCCCGGCAGUGGGCUGAGCAAGGUGGCUGCGGCCAUCGCCAGCCAGCAGCAGUCUCCCAAGGGGCCGCCGGGACAGCUGCAGCAGCCACAUCUCAAAGUAAGGAGGAGAGAAGACCGUCGCAGGGCAGGCAAGCAGUGGGAUUGUGUUGUGUCUCUGACUGACACUGAUUGCAGCGUCUGCCGACAGGCCCGUCGGUGUGCAAGCGGAUGGUGCCUGCAGCCCAGCAGCCACCCCAGUACAGACAGCCGCCAGCCGUCCAAGCCGCCCCCAAAGAGGCACUGACCAAGAAAGUGACAGCCCCCGCCCCCUCUACUGACAGCAGCUACGCCCCAGUAGGCAUGGGCGUGCCAGUGCUGCCGCCUCAUUAUCAUGGCUUCCCCUUCCACCCGAUCCCCAUGCCGCCCCCGGGGUUUCACCAUCUGAAUGAGGAUAUGGACCUCACGCGGCGGUCUGUCGGCCCACCACCGCCGCCACCGCCACCGCUGCCGCAGAGCAGCCAGUCGUUCUACAUGAGCAGCAGCACGGCACACACGGCCACCAAUGUGACAGGGGCUGUGCACCCGCACAUGCCAGUGCUGCUGGGGGACUAUCGUGUUGUGAUGCACCCACACCACCCCCACCACCACCACCUGCAGCAGCAGCAGCAGCCGGGGUCUUCGCACUUGCCAUCGCAGUACCACGCCCACCAUGGCUGAGGGGUGGGUGUGCUGCACCAGGCAGAGAUAAGCGCGGCACACCAUCAUUUGUCUCUCUCUCUCUCUCUCUGUGUGUGUGUGUGUGCGUGUGUGCGGACUGGUUGACGAUUGAGAGGAGGCUGGUGGAGGCUGCAUACGGAUGGCUGGGUUGUUGUUCCGUUAUGGAUACAGUGUGUGAGUGGGGUGUUUUCGAAGACCGAUGGGAAUGAGA